AUGGCGAGAGCGGUUCUAUCCGUGACUAGCUGUUGUACGCAAUCAUGUAAAUGCACAAUAUUCUUGGUAGCGUCAGUGUGACUACUAAAAUACUACUACUGCGUAGCCUGAAAGGAAAUUUUCUAUUUUUAUACGUUUAUGAAUAAAUGCUUAGUCAAAGUAACAAAAUAAAGCAAAAAAAGAGAAACGUAGGACGACUCGCACUGUCAAAAAAAUGUUUCGUACCAAGUCCUCCGGUGUUGUGAGCUUCAAUUCGGAAUUGUCUACCGUAAAGUCGGAGACAACCGCAAAUGUUCAGACCACAGAAAUAUUCUAUGCUUCUAAUGAUACACAAACUUCAAGAACAAGGACUAUCGGGAUUCAAACAGUGAAUGAAGAGAAGGCAAAUGCACAGGUAGAUUAUGACAAAUUGGCAGUCUUUUUGAAACGAGUCACACCGGGAAUUCUGGAAGCUCUUGAUGAAGCUUAUGGUACAAAUGCUUUUAACGACUAUGAUCCUAAUGUUAAAGAAGCUUCUGCUAUUAGUGUAAAGCUAUUAAAAAAGAUAAAGCUUCCAAUGGGGCCAGAUGAUCAGAUCAAAGUAAGUGAUUUAUCAUGGAGUACCGUUGGUGGAAUAUUAGCGGUUGGUCUCAGCCAUAUUUAUCACGGAGCAUGGUGUGACCACCUUUCUACAAUUCAGCUGUAUAAUUUCAUGACAGAAGAUAACUUCACCUAUGCACCCACCAAAACAUUAGAAACUACUGGAUGUGUUACAACAUUAUGUUACCACCCAACAGAACCUUCAAUCUUAGCAGCUGGACUGUCCAAUUGGGAAGUAUUUGUCUGGAAUCUCAGGAACUCGGUCAGACCUAUGCAUGUGUGCACGCACAGCGACAGUGUAUCUCAGGUGUCCUGGAAGCCGAGGUCGGUGAACGACGUAAGUCUGUUGUUGAGCUCCAGCAGGGACGGAUAUAUACUUAUUCACAGAUUGACGGCUAAUUUCAUGACCGCUCAGCUGUUUAAACGGUUCAAGAUAGUCAAAGAACGCAAUCCAGUGGAAAAUGCUAGACCGCGCAGCGCGACUGGCACGCGCGAACGCGCCGCUGAGGCAGGAUUGUGGAUCACGAGCUUCGACUUUUGCCCGCAAUUUCCUAGCAUAUUCAUCGUCGGGACGCUAUGCGGUGGAAUCUACAAGUGCAGUUUGGACAGUGUAACCCCCAUUGAAGGAAAUGCCUCGCUGAUAGAUCCCGUAAUCGACGAGUACGAAAGACACGGAGGCGGUGUCACCUGCAUCAAGUGCUCACCGUUGCGUAAUUUGUUCGUCAGCAGUGCCUUGGACAAAGAAAUCCGUAUAUACAAUCUUGAUGAGCACGUCAAUCAUCAAAUUAUCUCCGUCGACGAUACGAUCGUAGGAUUGGCAUGGAUGAUCGGCAAUCGAGACGUAUUCGCGGCAUAUGGAGCAGGCUCAUCUGUAAAAUUCUACAACGUCAGGAAUGGUAAACCCGUGACGUAUGCAAAACUCCGAAUGACUCGCAAACAGAAAAUCAGUAGCUUGUGCGUCAAUUCCAAGAGAGAUAUAUUGGCUAUUGGAAGUACUCGAGCGAAUAUUGAGAUAUGGAAAUUUCCACGCCACCUGUUUUGAACGUUUUCAACUGACUCGCAAGGAGCGUAACCACGUGGCGCGGUAUCGUGUCGCAAGCGUGCCGCGCGUGAGACGCAGAGGAGAACGGUCGGCAAUCGACGGAAUAUGGGGGCUCUCGAGAUUUCUAACGUACGAUCGUUCACGACCAUCUAGAGAUCGUUUCCUGAAGGCAGCAGCUCGACAGCCCGGGAUGAUAAGAGUCGAGUAUAUUAAAAACGAGAAUACAUUAGAAACGUGAAUCGACAAUCAGCGACGUCCCAUACAGCGCGUUCCGCGCUGAUCCGGCCAUCUUGACGCGAUCUCUCCUGCGUACGUGUAUAAUACACACGCUUGCCUCUGUGCAGUGACUCUGGAUUAUUAUUACACCAGAGACACACGCACGGCGCCCCACGUGCCUGCGCGAUCCUGACAAAUCAUAUUCGCGAGGUAAAAAUCCCGCGAAACGAUUGAGAUCGAAGUGCGUGUCCCGAAUUUCAAUAUAAUACGCUUAAUUUUAGUAUGCUAAAAUUUAAUUCGUAAGUUCAAUUAAAAAAAAAGAAGAAGAAGAAGAAAAGAA